AUUUGCACAAAUAAUAAAAAUAAAAUAAAAAAGGGGAAAGUGUUUUUCUGUGUGUAUUAUUCGUUCGUUCUUGUGUUGUUUGCUUCUUCGAUUCAACUCUUCGAUCAACCAGCAACACACUGUAUACGAUACACAGAAAACCCUAAAAACAAUUGAACUUAGGAUCUUGAUUGAACUGUAAUGCUGAAUGUUGGUUCCACUUGGUGGUAUAGAGAUGAAUUCUACAAUGGAUGAUAUUAAUUUGAUUCAACAAGCUCAAAGACACCAUCAUUUAGUUGUUAGAGAGUUAGGUGAAGAGAUUGAUUUAGAAAUCGGGACAGGGGAUGAUGACCCAUCAGCAUUUACACACUCCCCUUUGAUUGGUGUUGUUCCUCCUAGAGAGUAUUCUGCUGAUGAGAAUGAUGAGAGUAAGCAGCAGAUGUUGAUAGUUUCGCAGGUUACAAGUGAUGAUCAAGAGUUGUGUAGGGGUCAACCUACCAAAAGGAAGAAGAAAGUUGUGAAAAGAUGGAGAGAGGAAUGGGCUGAUACGUAUAAGUGGGCGUAUGUUGAUAUGAAAGAAGGGACUGCGAGGAUAUUUUGUUCUAUCUGUAGAGAGUAUGGUAGGAAGCAUAGGAGGAAUCCGUAUGGGAAUGAGGGGAGUAGGAAUAUGCAGAUGAGUGCACUUGAAGAACACAAUAAUAGUUUACUACACAAAGAGGCUUUGAGGCUCCAGAUGGCUUCUAAAGAUAAGGUCAUUGCUGAUAAACCUGUUCUUGCUAAAGCUCUUAUGUCAAAAACGGCUGGAUCAAUACUUGAAGCUGUGCUGAAAAGGGACCCUCAUGAAGUUGAAUUUAUACAAUCCGCUCAAGAAGUGGUUCGUGCUUUAGAAAGAGUAAUUUCAAAAAAUUCCAUUUAUGUCAACACCAUGGAGCGGCUGUUAGAGCCAGAGCGUAUGUUAAUUUUCCGAGUUCCAUGGGUUGAUGAUAGGGGUGAGACACAUGUCAAUCGCGGAUACCGGAUUCACUUUAAUCAGACUUUGGGUCCAUGUAGAGGCGGUCUUCGUUUCCAUCCAUUAAUGAAUUUGAGCAUUGCGAAGUUUCUGGCUUUUGAACAGACAUUAAAGAAUGCAUUAUCUCCAUACAGACUAGGAGGAGCUUCAGGUGGAAGUGAUUUUGAUCCCAAAGGAAAAAGUGAUAAUGAGGUCAUGCGGUUUUGUCAAAGUUUCAUGAAUGAGCUUUUUCGGUUUUUGGGUCCUGACAAGGAUCUUCCUUCAGAAGAGAUGGGUGUUGGCUCACGUGAAAUGAACUAUCUGUAUGGACAAUAUCGAAAGCUGGCUGGUCAUUCUCAGGGAAGUUUUACCGGACCAAGAACAAAUUGGUCUAACACCAGUCUCCGAACUGAAGCUACAGGCUAUGGACUAGUUUUCUUUGCGCAACUUAUACUCGCAGACAUGAAUAAAGACUUAAAAGGACUAAGAUGUGCUGUUAGCGGUGCUGGAAAGAUUGCAAUGCAUGUCCUGGAGAAGCUUAUUGCGUAUGGUGCUCUACCGAUCACAGUUUCAGAUUCAAAGGGCUAUUUGGUGGAUGAAGAUGGGUUCGAUUACAUGAAGGUAUCUUUCUUGAAGGAUAUUAAAGCUCAACAAAGGAGUUUAAGAGACUAUUCAAAAACUUACGCUCGUUCAAAGUAUUAUGAUGAAGCUAAACCUUGGGCUGAAAGGUGUGAUGUUGCAUUUCCUUGCGCUUCACAAAAUGAAAUUGAUACAUCUGAUGCUAUUAAUUUAGUCAAUUCAGGUUGCCGCAUACUUGUAGAAGGUUCAAACAUGCCCUGCACCCCGGAAGCAGCUGAUGUGUUAAGGAAGGGUAAUGUUCUAAUUGCUCCUUCAGUGGCUGCUGGUACAGGAGGGGUCGUUGCUGGGGAAUACGAACUUAAAGAGACCAAUGUAAAUUGGUCCCCUGAGGACUUUGAAUCUAAACUUCAGGAAGCUAUGAAACAGACAUAUCAGAGAGCUCUUAAAACAGCAACAGAUUUCGGUUAUUUGAAAGAGAGUCCAGAAGCUUUAGUACAUGGAGCGCUCAUCUCAGCAUUUCUGACAGUUGGUAACAGCAUGUCUGAACAAGGAUGUGUAUGAUCAUGGAUGCAGCUGCUGCAUAUCUUAUACCCCACCAAAUGCUCCUUGUUUCCGUCAGAUAACCCUGCAAAGAGAGUAUGGCGAAUUGCUAAUGUGAAGUUAAAGCAACAUCAUGAAGAGGAAAGUAUGCAGAUUCCCUUUGACUAGUGGGGAUGAAGAUGUUAUGGUUACAAAACAAUGGGAUAUUUAUGUAAAAAAGUGUAAAAUAAGUGCCGCCCUGCUGACUAGGUUUUUUUUUUUUUAGAUAUGGUUACUGGUUAAGAUGCAUGCGCUUGCUGUAUCAUUAAGAUAAUUAAGAUUUAGUGACAAACUCCAGCAUAGUUGUAUGGAAUUCUAGCUUCGUAUAGGAGAUUGGAUAUUAGUCAGGAGUUCAAAUAAAAUGUUCUACAUUCACAGCUUUCA